GAAAAACUCAGUUUCUCGUCAGCUCGUCAACUGACCUGAACCUGAUUCGAGUCUACAGAAGCUCACUCGAAAGACGAAGGGCUCUUGAGAUGUUGAAAAACAUCCUUCUUUUCAACUUCGGCUUCGGCCUUGUUGCGAUUGUCAAAUCGCAAACCAGUAGCAUAGAACCCUCCACGACCUGCGGAUACAUCGACGGCAAUUCCGAUCUUGCACUCGCAUGCACGUCUAAAACAUGCGGGUUCCUGUUCAUAUUUGGCCACGACAAAGUCUACGCCGGAUGCUGCGGUGAUGUGAGCUGUGCAAUCGAGACGACUUGUAUUGAAUCGGGCACAGCGCUAAACAGUCAUACUGUACAGUGCACCGAUGGUUCGCUUUCUGCAUGUGCAACUUAUACAUGGCCACAGCUCUCGGCAGAAGGAUAUUUCUGUGCCACAGCAAGAACAACCGCCACGGUCGUUACGGACACGGCCUUUGAUGGUUCAUUUACUACAAUACUUGAACCUUCGACAAGACCAGAUUUUACGACAGUAUUCACGAAUACAGCCGCAGGACCAACUACAGGUGCUGGCGACGGUGGACCUAGCCUCGGUACCGAAUAUGAUUUGAGCUCGCGGCAGAGGAUAGGCGCUGGAGUUGGCUCAGGGCUUUCUGGCGGGUUGCUGUUGAUAUUUUUCGCGUAAGGUUUCUCUAUCGUCCCUUAUGACUUGACGAGAAACAUGGAUCUAACACUUGUCAAGGAUCUUUGGAUGCUGCAGACUACCCAGAAGAAAGGCUCGGCCUGCGAAGCCGCAGAACAGUUCCAAUUCCACAGGACAGACAUCCGGCCAAGCUAAGUCCAACGAAGUCCCCUCAAAACCAGAACUCGUUAACAAUGAGCUCCUUGUUGAGAGAGUAGUUGAAAGAAAUUGACUUGGCGUUUUUCAAGGUGGGUAUCUAUCUGUAUAGUUGAUACAGCUACAAAAAGGUAGUUUCGAGACCAAGAGAGAACUGACUAUCGAAAACUGGAAUCCGCAGUACCAAU